GUGUGGGAGAGGUUUAACGGAGCGCGAGGCGACAGAGAAAGGCAUCGCUCGCGCGCGGCGGUGGCGGCUGCGACACGGAGCGCGCGGGUGAGCCCCUAAAGCAAGUGACGGCGGGUUUUUACAUCAAGCUUAACGUCUACCUCAAGGAAAUGCCGUUUAAGACGACGCAGUUUGAAAUGCAACCGUAUUCUACGUAUGUUUAAUCGGACAGUAAUUUUUGUUUCGUUCUAGGAUCGCGUCAUUAAAAUCUUUUUUUUUCCCCGUACGCUCGCUUUUCGCCGACGUAAAUUUAUUUCUGAAAAAAAAAAUCAUCAUUGUCGCGAGCGGAGUUUGCCAUUCAUGCGAUCUGCGUUGUCGUGACUAAAUCCGGAAUAUAAAAAAAAUAGCCGUGGCGGGGUAUUUGUUAGAAAUCUGAGGCGGCGGUUUUACGGCUGCGACGACGACGAAGCCGCCCGUGAAACAUGGCCGCCGCGCGCCUCCUGUGCGCGCGCCUCCGCCUCGUGACGCACGCGCACUGCCGGAAGUUACGUCACUACGUUCGCCCCGCCCAAGCCCCGCAUGGCGCGCGUGACACGUGCUCGCCCGGGGCGAAUAAUGGGCCAGUGCAGGCACUCCUCAGCUUACAUUUAAAAGGUCAAUACGCAGGAUUGCAACGACUGAGUCUGACACAGCUUUCCGCCAGAGACACCACUCUGCUGUGGCAGAGUUUAGUCAGCAGCUUGCGCUACUUCAGUACACCACCGCGUCCACGGGGCCAGAAGAACGAUGAGCAGAAGCAAACAUCGGGGGAGGAUGAGGAAGAAAAGAGGCAGCAGGAGGAGGAGCGUCACAACAACAUGGCUCGACUGCGCACGCUUGUGGUCACGGGCAUUGUGCUGCUCUUGGUCAACCUGCUGACCGACACCCAAUCCAGCGUGUCGUGGAACGAUUUUGCCAACGAGAUGCUCGCCAAGGGGGAGGUGGCGAGCGUGCAGGUCACGCCCGAGAGUGAGGUGGUGUACGUCACCAUUCACCCUGGCGCCGUCAUCUCCGGUCAGCAGAGGGUGGCGAGGGUGUAUUCGAUGCGGGUCCCAAACAUUGACAAGUUUGAGGAAAAGCUGAGGACUAUUGAGAAUGAGCUGGGCAUUGACCCGAAGGAUCGAAUCCCCGUCAUUUACCGUCGCACGUCCAUGCUCCAGCGGAUCGUGCAGAUGCUGGCAAUCUCAGUGGCCGGGAUCUUCCUGUUCUGGAUGCUGUUUCGCCAGGGUAUGAAUGCUGCAAAGGAAGGAACAUUUGGCGCUUUUAGUCAGCUGCGUAUGGCACGAUUCACCGUGGUGGACGGGAAGUCCGGGAAGGGCGUGAACUUCAAGGAUGUUGCCGGUAUGCACGAGGCGAAGGUGGAGGUCAUGGAGUUUGUGGAUUAUCUGAAGGCCCCGGAGCGUUACUUGCAGCUGGGGGCUAAGGUGCCCAAGGGGGCACUCCUCCUAGGUCCCCCAGGCUGCGGGAAAACUCUGCUGGGGAAGGCUGUGGCCACGGAGGCCCAAGUGCCCUUUCUGGCCAUGGCCGGCUCCGUUGUCGAGGUCAUUGGAGGGCUUGGGGCGGCUCGUGUGCGCUCCCUGUUCAAGGAGGCACGUGCCCGGGCGCCCUGCAUUGUCUACAUCGACGAGAUCGAUGCUGUGGGCAAGAAGCGCUCCAGAAACACGGGCGGCUUUGCCAACACGGAGGAGGAGCAAACGCUCAACCAGCUGCUCGUCGAGAUGGAUGGAAUGGGUCCCAAGGACCACGUUAUCGUGCUGGCCUCUACAAAUCGUGCCGACAUCCUGGAUGGUGCGCUCAUGCGUCCCGGCCGCUUCGACAGGCACAUCUACAUCGACCUGCCCACACUGCAGGAGAGAAGGGAGAUAUUUGAGCAACACCUGAAGAGCCUGAAACUGGCACAGCUGGAGACUCACUACUCACAACGGCUGGCAGAGCUCACACCAGGUUUCAGUGGAGCUGACAUCGCCAACGUCUGCAAUGAGGCGGCGCUGCACGCGGCGCGGGAGAACAGCAAAUCCGUGGGGGUGGACGACUUUGAGUACGCCGUGGAGAGGGUGAUCGCUGGGACGGCAAAAAAGAGUAAGAUUCUGUCGAAGGAGGAGCGGCGGAUUGUGGCUUUUCACGAGUCUGGUCAUGCCGUGACGGGGUGGCUCCUUCAACACACAGACGCCGUCUUGAAGGUAUCGAUUGCACCGCGCACCAAUGCGGCGCUGGGGUUUGCGCAAAUCCUGCCCCGAGACCAGUACCUGCACUCUACAGAAGAGCUCUUUGAACGUAUGUGCAUGGCACUGGGUGGACGUGUCGCCGAGGCCAUCACUUUCAACAAGGUCACAAACGGUGCGGAAGAUGACCUCCGCAAGGUGACUCGGUUGGCUUACAACAUGAUCCGCUCAUUCGGCAUGAACGAAGUGGUCGGUCACGUGUCCUUUCCGUCGGCCGACGAGGAAGGAGUCCCUGGGCGUCGUCCAUACAGCCGAGCCCUGCAAGAGGUCAUGGACCACGAAGCACGGAAGACGGUGGCACAGGCAUACAGACGAACAGAAAAACUGCUUCUUGAAAACCGUGACAAACUAAUUUUGUUGGCGGAGGCACUCCUGGAGCACGAGGUGGUGAGCUAUGACGAUAUAGUGAAACUGCUGGGCCCACCUACGCACGGUCCCAAGCGCCUCAUCCCGCCCCAAAGCUGGGUCGAGGCGGAGAGGGACCGGCAGGACACCGGGGAGGACUCUCCGGAUGAUGCCGCUCGCAAGAAGCGGCGGCCGCGACCCCGUCCGGAGGGAGAGGAGGAGCCCGACAUGCAGCCGCUUUGAGAACCGCUCCGUCUGUGUGCAGCGGUCACUGUGUCAUGCACUAGCACAGACCAAUCCAGUUCUCUUGGGCCUUUGUGAAUGUACAGUGCCAUGGCCUUUAGUUAAGUGGCCCUACACGUACGUCACACAGACUCGCAUACAAAUGUGCAGCUGCUACAGUUAUAAUUUGCAUGGCGGAAAAAGUUCAUUUUACAGAUUGCAAAAUAAAAAAAUAACUUGGUUAUGUGUCAAUGUAAAUAUAAAAUGAGCGCUUAUUGAAUUUGUAUUUUUGAAAGCCUGUUAUUCAGACCUUUGUCAUAUUUAAAAACUGCUGUAUUUAAAUAAACGAUUAAGACCUA